GGAAAUUGGAAUAAGCUGGUAAUGGUAGCAAACACACAUUGCGGAGAUGUCUGUACGAGUUUAACUGUGUCGCGAGAACUGGGCCAAAGACUUUGGAGCAGAUUCUCCAUAUUGUUUUUUUCAUUGUGUGCCCUCCACGAACAGAUAAUUUGUUUACCUUAAUACAUUAAAGAUAAUUGUUCCUCCAGCCUGUCCAGUUCUCCCAUGGAUGUGAGAGGAAAGACAUUUUCUUCACUUUCCAUGGACAUGGGUGCUAUGAGCUGUCUAUUUCCUGCAAGGGACUGGACUACUGAAGUCAGUUAGAUGGAUGUUCACCCCAAACAUCAUCCCUCUGGUAGAAGCUCACUGGGACAGCUGGAGCUGGAAGGGGUUGAGUUGGCACAGAGCUGGUGGUGCCUUUGGUGGAGCUGCUGGUACCUUUGGUGGAGCUGCUGGUGCCUUCGGUGGAGCUGCUGGUGCCUUCGGUGGAGCUGCUGGUGCCUUCGGUGGAGCUGCUGGUGCCUUCGGUGGAGCUGCUGGUGCCUUCGGGGGAGCUGCUGGUGCCUUCGGGGGAGCUGCUGGUGCCUUCGGGGGAGCUGCUGGUGCCUUUGGGGGAGCUGCUGGUGCCUUCGGGGGAGCUGCUGGAGCCUUCGGGGGAGCUGCUGGAGCCUUCGGGGGAGCUGCUGGAGCUUUCGGAGCUGGUGGUGCCUUUAAUGGAGCUGCUGGUGCCUUUGGUGGAGCUGCUGGAGCCUUCGGUGGAGCUGCUGGAGCCUUCAGUGGAGCCUUCGGCAGAGCCUUCAGUGGAGCCUUCGGUGGAGCUGCUGGAGCCUUCGGUGGAGCUGGUGGAGCCGUCGGAGCUGGUGGAACCUUCAAACUCUGCGCAGGCUGUGGUGUCUCCAUCGUCCUUACACUCCUCAGAAGCCGGUCCAAAUCUUUGUAUGGAGGCCACCAUGCAUGUCCAUCAGAGAUCCAUGGUUGUGCUAUAGGACCGGUUGUUCCCUCUUCUAUAAACUCAACUAUCAGAAUUCUGUUGAUGUUGUUGAAAUGGUGUCAACAAGAUGAAUGCCAAGUGCUGAGGAUGGCAGGGGAUAUUCAAAAAAUUUUUGUGGCUGUUAAAGAAAACCUCCUGACAAUCUGACUAAGGGGGCAUGUAGGCUUUCGCAAAAGUCUCUUCAGUUUAUUGAGCCCGACAGCCUACAAGUUAGAGGACCCAGCCGUAGCCACAAGAGGAGAAGCCGCCGCAUGACUCCAAGGCACACAAGGUGCAUAUAAUCAAGGGGGAAUCCAUAGACCAUGUCCAGUGAGGUUUUUUCUAGAGGUAAACACCAUCCUGAAUGCACCUUUCACACCCAUGGUAGCCUGUGUGACCUUUUACGCUCUUCAGAAAAGCACGUGCAGAUGAAAUCUCCAAGAUAUUCCUCCAGUGAGUUGGGUUUACUGGCUCCACAAAAUAAACCUACUGUCACAGGUUCGACUUGCUCCAAGUUUUGCACAGUGCAAAGAAUUGGCCAAAAUUGUUUUGUCGAACUCUUGUAAAGAGGCAGACCAUCAAUGUUAACCUGCAGUUCUAAAUUGGUUGUGGUCCUCAAAAUACUCAUGUUGUUAUGGAGUAUGCCUGAAAGGGAUGGCAGAAGUCCAAAAUGAUAGUACUGGCCACCUGCUUUAUUCUGAACUUCUGCUGUGCUGGAACGUACUGUUCCUAACAGUGUCCUGGCAUCUUUUGGCAGGUUCAAAUGUUGCUGACGGAGUAUGCCAAGUAAAGAAUUUAAUGCAACAUGUGGAAUUUUAUGAUUUGUUGCCCAAGUUGCCAAGUCAUCCUGUAAAGAAUUGCACAUUUCAGACUCUGUGUCAGAGUCUGUGUCAGACUCACUGUCAUUUAAAGAACUUGCGGUAUUGACACAUUCUGGCUCAUCAAUAUAAGACAGACAAUCCAUAAAUUCAUCAUCUUCAACUGUGUUAGUGUCACUGUGCAUGCCACCAAACUCAUCCUCCCAUGAUGAUGACGAUUCGUGCAGUGACUGCAGUUGCUUGUCCACCUCAGCUUUAGCUUUUCUUCGCAUUGUCCAGUAAGACAUUUUUUUGCAAGCCAUGCUUGUAAAAGAUAAAGAAAAAUACAAAAGUUGAACUGACCUAUUCUGUGUAAUGUGGUGGUUCUCAAUUCCAGUUUUGCAAGAAUUCCGCAUUUCACAUUUUGGAUAUUUCAUUUAGUAACUUAGGGUGUUUAGUAAUUCAGAGUAACCCCUUAGAGUAAAUAAUAAGGCACUUUGAACUGAACAGGGCAUAAUAGA